GUUUGAGGUUGCUGUAAUGACCAGUUAAACCUCAUGAGGGCGCUCACAUCACUAUUCACAGUGGGAUUGUUCCACUUGACUGAAGGUUUGUGACUCUCAUUUUCAGGAACAUUACAUCAUCACUGUCUAAAACACACUCUCUCUCUCUCUCUCUCACACACACACAUACACACACACACACACACACACACACACGUAUAGAAGGUUAGGGAGGGGAGCAUGAAUUGAGACGUUGUUUGCAUCAAACGUGAGCAUAAAGUUAUGUGCAUUUGGAACUGCGAGGUGAGGAGGAGGAGGAGAAGGAGGAGGAAGAGGGAGGACUGUCGGCUGCAGGAUUCCAUCACUCUUAGCAACCGUUGUUGAGUUUCCACGGAAACGCUCUGCGAUGUUCUCUGCUUCUCUUUUGUCCUCUUCCAUCACUGUUUUCUCUCUUACGCUCUCUCACUCAGUCCCAUCUUUAUUCCUGUUCAAGCUCUCCUUGCAUUGCCACAGCGAUGCUGGGAGUCUGCUGCAGUGCUGGAGCCCAGAACUGAGCUGUGGGGCUGGUGGAAGAAGUCAUCAGCUGACCACCUUUGCUUUUACACUUUCACAUUCUGGCAGCCUUUCACCUGUCCUCUUUUCCACGGACUAGAGGCCAUCCACUGGGAUUGGCUGAGCUCUUCGGGUGACAUCACAGGAAGUUGGAGGAAGUUGGAGGAACUCAAGCACUCUCUGAUAGAUGUUUUCACUACUCAAGUCACACCGAUAGACAGUGAGGAGACUGGCAGAAAGCCCACUCUGGCUCUGUGAACACCUCCACAGAAACUCUACAGAGCAUGAACGAGGAGGUGGAGGAGGCACAGCUGCCUGAGGAGGUGCCAGGAGAAGAUGAACAGCAACAGGAGGACAGAGUUUCCCAGGACUUAGUUAAGAAAGAGAAGGAUCAAGAUCCACUGGAAGAAGAGCAGGUGCAGCAAAGUGAAGAAGAGCUGGAGGAGGUGCAGGAGGGAGAAGAGGAGGAGCAGGGUGAGGGGAUGCCACACAGAGACAAACAGACUGACAAGGAGCAGGUGGAGGUGCAGCAGGACAAACAACUGAAUGAGGUAGAGAAACUGCAGCAAAGUGAGGAAGAGCUGCAGGGUGAGGAGAUGUCACACACACAGGAUCAACAGACUGACAAGGAGCAGCCGAGCGAGGAGGAAAAACUGCAGGAGGAGGAGGAGGAGGAGGAGAUGCCACAGACUAACAAACAGCAGUGUGAAGAGCAGCAGCUGCAGGACGUGGAGGUGCAGCAGUUUGAAGAAACGCAGGACUUUGCUGACACUCUGGAGCAGAACAACCAGGUCCUGAUCCGACUGAGAGGCAUGCUGAAGGCAGCCUUGGAGCAGAUGGACCAGGGUGUUGUAGACCUGCAGGAGCUCCGCAGGAACCUGGAGCUCGCUGCAACCAUGCUGGAUGCUGUUUACACAGACGAAACCAGGCGUCUGUUGGAUACAGAGGAUGAGCUCAGCGACCUGCAGGCAGAGUCGGUGCCAAGCGAAGUACGUGACUGGCUGGCGUGCACGUUUAGCAGAAAGAUGGGUGUGUCCAAGCGUCGUCCUGAGGAGAAGCCAAGAUUCAGGAGCAUUGUUCAUGCAGUGCAAGCUGGGAUAUUUGUGGAGAGGAUGUACAGACGAACUUCCAACAUGGCUGGUCUGACCUACCCUCCCACAGCUCUGACAGCCCUGAAGGAGGUGGAUCAAUGGUCCUUCGAUGUUUUUGCUUUCCAUGAGGCCACAACAGAACAUGCCCUCAAGUUCCUGGUCUACGACCUGCUCACCCGCUAUGACCUCAUCAACAGGUUCAGG